CCCCCACUCCCCAUUCCACCGCACAUACGUAACCGCAUUCGAGUCCACCCAAUCCCUCGCCACAUGCACCCAACUUUCCAUAAAGCCCGGCGACUAGCACGAGUCAACAUCCACGCCAAACUAUAUUCAACAUCACCAUGCACACUAUACACUGAUGCCACACCCUACCCUCACAAACCUGCACACUGUGUAGCUGUUCUCGGCCAGCAUCCACCACCAAACGUCACGGCGGCCACAAUCCUCACUACAAACACAACCACGGCGGAGGAAGCGGCCAUUGCCCUUGCGCUCGCCCAGAGCCCCACCCCCCAAUUCGUCCUAUCUGAUUCUCAGCAGGCCAUCCGCAAUUUUAUUCGCGGCAAUAUCUCCCCCAUGGCCUUCCAAAUUCUCACCAACAACCCUCCAUCCGACACCGUGACCCUGCUGUGGACACCAGCCCACACAGGCGUAGGCGCUAAUGAGAUGGUGCACGAUCGUGCUCGCGAACUUAUCGACCGAGCCGCCGUUUCAACUGCGCCUACGCGCGAUGCCCCUGUAGGCAAGCCUACCUCCCUCCUGCAGUACAGGGAUAUUACCCUACACUACCGCCUCCUCCGCCGCCAAUACCCACCUCCGCACCCCCACCUCUCCCAAGAGGCAGCACACAUGCUGCGCCUCUUACAAACACACACUUUCCCCCACCGAACAGAACUAAUACACACUCACCCACACCUCUUUACCACCCCCGCCUGUCCUGCCUGCGGGGCAUUCGACACUCAUUACCAUUCCCUUUGCGAAUGCCCCGCAGACCCAUACCCCCCUCUUCCCUCCCCUCACCUCUGGGAGCAGAUGUUGCGCGACCCGGAGGAGUCAGCUGAGCAACGGAAGGGCCCAAAGGGACUUAACCGUAUGGCAAUGAGAGUCGUUACCGGGUUACCGAAAUGCACCGAGAUAGGAGAACUGAAAACAAUCGCCGGAAUAAACUGUCUCAAAGAUAUCGCUCUAGGGGAUAAAUUAAGCCAGGUACUGAAGCUACAGAAGACAACAGCUGACAGCAAUAUCAUGAUGAAAUUAGACAUUGAAUGCCCGGACACGCCUAUCUCUAAUCCUCCGCCACCGUAA